AUGGAAGCUCUCUUGGAACUCAGUCACGAACAACCUCCAAAUCCAGAGAAUUGGCAGCAGAAUGAUGAAGAAGAUGAAUCCCUUUGGGGGUUGCCAUCAAGUGGUGGUGGUGGUGGUCAGGGUGGUGGUUUUGGCGAUGGCGGCGGCGAUGGCGGUGGCGAUGGCGGCGGUGGUUGUGGUUGUCGUGGUGGUGGUGGUAGUGGUGGCGGCGUCCGAAUUGGUGGUAGUAGUGGUGGAGGCGGCAGCGUCGGUAAUUGUGGUGGUGGUGGUGGCGGUGGCGGUGGUGGUGGUAGUGGUAGCCACUACGGUGGCGGCGACGAUGAUGGUGGUGGUGGUAGCGGCGGUGGUGGUUAG